CGGUAACGUUAAUCGUUACAAUUUUCCCCCGCUUCCUCUCCAGCCCCUCACCAAAGCCGAUCUAACGGUGUUACUGUGCUAAGCGGAAGGCGAAGUUUUCGUCUGCAUGUCUUCGCCAUCACUUUCGCUUUUGACGUCGGAUCAGAAACGGUAUCGUGCUUUUCUUUCACGGAGCGGCACUUUUUCCUUUUUAUCAUUUCCGGUUGAUCUUUUUUGAAGGUGGCUGGAGAAUUGCCUGUUUUUCGAUGGAAAAUUACGAAAUUCGAAAUUAUUCGUUCUUUUUGGAAUACUGUGAUUUUGUACCAAAGCUCAGCUAGCACCGUACUAUUGAUUUAGAAACAACGCUCAUCGAAAGAUCCCUUAGAUUUUAGAAACUGAUACAGAAAAGAAAACGCUUCAUCACAGACAGCUUUCUUUGGAAGAUCGUUUGCUAGUUCAUGAAGUAACUGAAGCGAAACGAGCGUUCUGUUGCGAAGAAUGCAGAUAUAUUUCUAAUCUGCAACGCUUUCGAAGUAAUCGUAAUUGAAGUGAAACUUUUCGGAACUUAUAUAAGUGAUUUGAUAGCUUUGUGAGCAGUGCCAUAAAAAGCUGUUGAAAUGGCCAUUUUAGUGAAAAAUCCAGUAUUAGCAUUUAUCAUCCGAUUCUUCAGAAGAAUCAUUGAACUCAUCUCUAGAUUUGUUUUGUGUCUCAAGUAUUGCGGUCGAAGCAAAAAAUUAGCCGACAUAACAGAUCCUGUGCUUCUUGAAUCAGCUUGCAGUUUGGCGGCGAAAAUUCGACGUGGAGAGAUAAAAAGCUCCGAUGUCGUCAAGUCUUACAUCACUCGAAUACAGGCAGUUCAACCACUCAUCAAUGCUUACGUGGACGAAAGGUUUGAGGAAGCUCUGGAGGAUGCCAAAAAAGUCGACGCACUUAUCAGCUCAGGGACGAAGACUGUGGACGAAAUGGAAAAGGAAACGCCGUUCUUAGGGGUGCCGUUCUCGGCAAAGGAAGCCGUUUCUGUGAAGGGUAUCUUUUAUCG